AGUAUACUUUUCUUCAUUAGGUCCAGAUACAAGAGUCAUAUCUUCAAAUAAAUUGGUUGGACACAAUAAGUCUUCAGAAAUAGUUCAUACAACAUCGUCGCCAUUCAAAGUAACAUUGAACCAAUCUAUAGAGGAGUCAUCAGCUGAUACAAAUACUUCAGUUAAUAAUUCUGUACUAGGUAACUUUUUAUAUUAAUUUUGAAUUUUCUAUUCAAAUAGUUCAACUUAUUAUCAGUAUAUUAAUAAAAUUUUAGAUUAUCUACAAAAAAUGAACCGAACCAUUUGCAAUAUUAAGUACGAUCUGAACAUGAUGGCUGAUAAAGUUAAUAAUAUUGAGGGCAUGCUGUUCAACGAUUUCAAGAGAGAAGAUCAAAGUAAAAGAAAUUGUGAGGAUACGUUUCAAACCGAAUUCAAUAAUCUUUUGCCUCUUGAAACCGAGGAAAACUUGCAGACGUUUGAAAUUAAGCUUUUAAAUAAAGAGUUUAGAGCUAAAAUGGUUGAAGAAAUUAAACGGUAUUCCCGAAAUACAUUACCGAGCACUGUGCGUGCAAUUAUGCGCAUUAUUUUCAAAGAUAGACUUCUAGAAGAGUAUAGCUAUAAAGGAAUAGGAAAUAAAAAAGUGUUUUACACACUAGCAACAUGUUCUAUUAUAUUUGGUAAGUUUGAUUAG